AUGGAGAAGGAAGAAUUAUACCUUUAUCAUUUGACAUUGCAAAAACAGAGCAACUAUGUGAACUCAUGCAUCGGUCACUUCGUCAGCUAUAAGCAGCACCAGUUGGUUGCAGAGUCUAAAAGUGUUCAGGAUGGUGGAAGAAAGAGGGCAAAGGCUCGCAAGGCUUUACAAUUGUGUAUUGCGACUCAGACGCAUUUAGAAUUGUAUGAUGUGGAAGAGGGAACUCUAUAUUGUGUGAUGCGGCAACCAAUGUUUGCUACCAUUCUAUGUAUGGAGACGCUGGUGGUGGAGAAUAGGACGUUCCUAAUACUUGUAUCUGAUUCAGGGAACCUAACUAUAUGCAAUUUUGUAUAUCGCGAUGGGAAAUGCAGGUUAGAGACGUUGUCUAAUGAGCCAAUGGGAAGGUCUGGAGUAAGGCGACUGUCCCCACAAACUUAUCUGUCUGUGAAUCCACAAGGGAGAUGUCUCAUGCUUUCAGCGAUGGAGAGGAAUAAGGUUUGUUAUCUCAUAGAUUUUAGAGGUGACGAGCUGCAAGUUUCGUCUCCUUUAGAGGCCAACAGACCGAACUUCGUUACUAUUCAGACGGUUUGCUGCGAUGUCGGAUUUGAUAACCCUCUAUUUGCAUCAUUAGAGAUUGAUCUCGUUGACAAAUCUCGAUAUUUGUUUUUCUAUAUGCUUGAUCUAGGGCUGAAGCAUGUAGCUAAGCUGUCGGAAUAUGUACUGCAUGAUUCUACGGCUAGUUUUAUCGUAGCGGUUCCAAAUUUAGAACCGUAUGGUAUCGUAACGAAGCAGAAUACGUAUGACGAAGGGAAUACAGAUGAGAUUAUUCCCUUUGUUAUAGUAUGUUUUGAAAACUAUAUAUCGCUUCGAGAUCUUAAUGGGAUGUAUGAUAUCAAUGUUCAAAUUCCCACACGCAGGGACGCCCAGAGAACAUUGAUUACCGCGUGUACUGUUCAUAAACUAAGGAACGACUUUUUCGUACUCCUUCAAUCGAACUACGGAGAUUUAUACAAGGUGAGAAUCUUACCGGAUAAUAAGGAUAAGAGUCCUACCAUGUUAAUAUCAUACUUCGACACUAUCCCCCAUGCAGAGAAAUUCCACAUAUUUAAGAAUGGGUAUAUGUUUUCUAACUCUGAAUUGGGCAAUAGCUAUCUAUACCUGUUCGAAAACCUUGGCGAGGAGAGUGAGCAGAAUACUCUAACCUCACAUAUGCCUGGUAAGAGAUUACUCAUUGAACCGCAUGAUGAAUUAGAAAAUUUAUCUGUUGCGGAUAAACUAGAUCUUAUAAACCCUGUUACAUCAUCACAUGUAUCAGAAGCAGUUCCAUUGACUGUCAUUACAAAGACAUUAGGCGCUACCAAAACAUUGAAAGCCGGAAUUGAGCUCGAGGAAAUAAUUUCGUCACGACUACCCUCAACUCCACUCGAUAUCUGGACUACAGCAUUGAAUAAUUCAAAGUUUCACAGGCUAUUAUUCCUUGCUCUUCCAAAAUCGACUAUGAUAUUGAAAAUUGCCGAUGGAACAGUUGAGGAACUUGAACUGGAGAUGAACCCAUUCAGCUUAUCCGAAGAUAGAACUUUAUUGAUUGGUUCUAUGGGCGCUCAAUCUAUUAUACAGGUAUGCGAGAACAAACUCAUCCAAGUAGCGGCACUUUCAGGCGACAAAUACAUCUCUAAAUUGGAAUGGUUUCCACCUGCUGGUAUUCGUAUUCUGGAUGCAACUUGUAGUAACACCCAGUUAGUACUUGCUUUGUCGAAUAAUGAAAUUGUUUACUUCGAAAUUGGUACAAAUGACUCCCUAAAUGAGCUACAAGAUCGGAUAGAGUUAGAAGAUACAAUUAAUGGAUUAUCUGUAGCUAAUGGAAUGCGAUCAAACUAUCUAGUUGUAGUAUGUGGGGAUACUUCUGUGAAAGUGUACAGCCUAAAAAUGGACGACCAAAAUAAUUUUUUUGAGGUUGUCUCCAUGCAGGCUUUGACCUCAUCAGCCAAUUCAAUCAAAUUGGUCUCCUCAAAUGAUUCAUUGUGUCUGCAUAUUGGAUUAGCUUCUGGAGUAUAUGUGAGAUCUAGACUUGACAAACAUGAUGGUCAGUUAUUUGAUGUCAGAACAAAGUAUCUUGGCUCAAAGCCGGUUGAUAUCUCUUUUUUGCCGCAAAUGUUCCCAUUUAUUAGCGAUGAAGAGGAAGAAGACGAGGAAGAAGAAGAAAACAAUGAUAAAGAUAGAAUAAGUUCAGGGACAAACACUGCAACCCUAUCUUGUGUUAUAUUGCAUUCCAAUAAAACUUGGGUGAGUUACGAACUGGAUUCUGUGCGGCUAGUUAGACCUCUUAUACUCGCCAGAAGUCAGAGCUUAAAAAAAGUUGCACCAUUUACGUCAAAUGAGAUUAAAUUAAAUGGAUUUUGUUCUAUCAGCUCAGCUGGAACCUUAGUUAUAGGCAGACUUGGAAAGUUCAAUACUCUUGAAACUUGGUUUGAACUCAAUGCUCAAUAUGGAGAUGAUACUACCAGUAACAACCUGAAACAACUUGAGGAAAGUGAUGAUGAACAAAAUGAGCAAGACAGGAAUGGUUCAAUAGAAAAAAUGCACAAGAUGAAAACCUAUUUUGGUAGAUGUAUCGUGCCAGAUAUUGAUGACGAAAAUUUACUCUAUAUUGUUGAUAACUACAAAUCCGAAAACUUUUGGAAAAUCUACCUCAUGAAAAAUGAGUUGUAUUAUAAGAAUAUUGUAUCAGAAGAAAACUACCAAAAAAUCUCUGAUUAUCAAGUAAUAUCAGCUGUCAUAAUAAGAUUUGGACAGGAUUUGAGGUGCUUAGUAGUAUCUACGCGCGAUAAUAAAUUAGUGACAUUUCAGAUUCAGAUAACUAAGAAGAACCAAUUCAGAUAUUUUCAGUUAAUCCACGUCCAUGACACUCCGAUUGAUGAACAAGUACAUGCUAUGGUUGCGUUUGGUGACAAAAUUUUAGUUCCUAUAUCUAAUGCUCUAGUUCUAUAUGGCAUGGGCAAAAAACGACUACUAAAGAAAUCUAUUACAUUAAUGCCUCCAUCUAUUACUAAGGUUGUUUCAUUAGAUCAGUGGAAAAGUCAGAGGAUAGCUGUUGGUGAUAUUCACGAAUCAGUUACUUUAUUUCACUUUGAUAAACCUAAAAAUAUGUUUAUUCCUGUUGCAGAUGAUACAGUAAAAAGGCAUGUUACCACCUUAAGAUUUCUGGAUGAAUGCACUGUAAUAGGAGGGGAUAGAUUUAGUAAUAUAUGGGUCUUAAGGUUACCUCUGCAGUGCGAUAAACUUAUAAAAGAGGAUUUUGAGGGGCAUUUACAGGUGGCUGUGAGUCACAUAUCCAAAAAUAUAAAAGAAUGUAAUUUUAAGUGGAAGUUGCUGAACCAUUUCUAUUUGAACGAUAUCCCAAUAUCAUUACAAACCGUUUCUUCAGCACAGUUUUCAGAUAGAACUAAUAUUAUCUAUACCGGUUUACAGGGCACUGUUGGCUGCAUAAUCCCUUUAAUCACAAGAAGGGAGGUGGAAUUAUUUGAAUCUGUUGAACAAGUUAUGAGAGAUGCAGAUUAUUUAUUUUAUCUUGAACAAGAGGAACGCUUUUCCGUUGCUGCAGUUGAUAUAGAUGAAUAUGAAGAAAGCCUUGGGGCUAACGAUACCUAUUUACGUAAAAAGCAGAAAAAACAUGUCCCCGAAGGUGCAUAUUCAACGGUAGGGAGAGAUAUUCUGAGUUACCGUAGCUAUUACAAUCCCGUAAGGCAUGUAAUCGAUGGUGAUCUUUGUGAAAGAUUUUUCACAUUGCAUGCAAGGGAGAAGAAGUUCCUGGUAAGCAAGCUGGAGUCCAAGAAUACAGUAGAUGAUAUAGAAAGUCUGAUUAACAACAUAAGAACAAAUUGUUUAUAA